UGGAGCUGCGCCAUCGUCACUGUCGGCUGCCAUGACACCGCGCGGCCCUUGCCUGACUAGUCGGUGGCAAGAAACGGCAGGACUUCCGCUUUGUCUCCUGGCGCGACUAUUGAGUUCGGGGGUAGGGGCAGGCUCUCGCCUCCGGAAGUCACUGUGGGGCUGGAGUUCCGUUCAGACCUCCGGGGUCUGGCGCGCGAGGAGCGGGUUCGGAGCGUUCUGGGAUCCUAUUGGCUAUCACGGUUCAGCUCGCCGCCCGGAUUGGCCGGAGCCACGCCCCCUGGGAACGUGGGGUAUUCGGACACGGGAAAACGUGGGAGGUAAUUCGUCGUGUAAGUGCCGCGGGGACGUGGGAGUGAGCUUUACGCUGUCUUCAGGGACGCGACUCGCGAUCGUCAUGAAGAAGCCACGCGCAGCUGUGGGAAGCCGUCGCAGGAAGCAGACAUCCAGUGGGGAGGAAAGGGAGAAACAUGCCCUCAGCAGCAGCCAGGCCAGGCCUACUAUCCCUGAUGGCCAGGCCAGGCGUCAGGAGGAGGUGGUAUUGCAGGCCUCUCUCUCCCCGUACCACCAAUUCAGAGAUACAGCUGAGGUCACCGUCUUCCGGGAGAGCCUGCUGAGCUGGUAUGACCAAAAGAAGCGGGACCUGCCCUGGAGAAGGCGGGCAGAGGGUGAGGUGGACCUGGACAGGCGGGCAUAUGCUGUAUGGGUCUCAGAGGUCAUGCUGCAGCAGACCCAGGUUGCCACGGUGAUCGACUAUUAUACCAGAUGGAUGCAGAAGUGGCCAACACUGCAGGAUCUGGCCAGUGCUUCCCUGGAGGAAGUGAACCAGCUCUGGGCUGGCCUGGGGUACUAUUCUCGAGGCCGGCGGCUGCAGGAGGGAGCCCGGAAGGUGGUAGAGGAGCUCGGGGGCCAUGUGCCACGCACAGCAGAGACCUUGCAGCGGCUCCUGCCUGGCGUGGGGCGGUACACAGCUGGAGCCAUUGCUUCCAUUGCCUUUGGCCAGGUGACCGGUGUGGUAGAUGGAAACGUAGUGCGGGUGCUAUGCCGUGUCCGAGGCAUUGGUGCCGAUCCCAGCAACACCUUUGUCUCCCAGCAGCUCUGGAGCCUAGCCCAGCAGCUGGUAGACCCAGCCCGGCCCGGAGACUUUAACCAAGCAGCCAUGGAGCUGGGAGCCAUAGUGUGCAGCCCACAACACCCACACUGCAGCCAGUGCCCUGUCCAGAGCCUGUGCCGGGCACACCAGAGGGUGGAGCGGGAGCGGCUUCCAUCCUCACAGAGCCUGCCAGGCAGUCCUGACGUGGAGGAGUGUGCUCCCAACACUGGACAGUGCCAGCUGUGCGCACCUCCUACAGAGCCCUGGGACCAGACGCUGGGAGUGGCCAACUUUCCCAGAAAGGCCAGCCGUAAGCCCCCCAGGGAGGAGUGCUCUGCCACCUGUGUUCUGGAGCAGCCCAGAGCCCCUGGGGGUGCCCGGAUUCUGCUGGUACAGAGGCCCAACUCAGGUCUGCUGGCAGGACUGUGGGAGUUCCCAUCUGUGACUGUGGACCCCUCAGGACAGCAUCAGCGCAAGGCCCUGCUGCAGGAACUGCAGAAUUGGGCUGGGCCCCUCCCAGCCACCCACCUGCAUCACCUAGGGCAGGUGGUCCACACCUUCUCUCACAUCAAGCUGACCUAUCAAGUAUAUGGUCUGGCCCUGGAAGGGCAGGCCCCAGUGACAGUCACAGCACCUGGCGCUCGCUGGCUGACUCGGGAAGAGUUUCACACCGCAGCUGUCUCCACCGCCAUGAAAAAGGUGUUCCGCGUGUAUGAAGGCCAACAGUCGGGGACCUGCAAGAGUUCCAAAAGAUCCCAGGUGUCUACUCCAUCCAGCCGGAAAAAGCCCAGCCCAGGCCAGCAAGUCCUGGAUCGUUUCUUUCGGCCCCAUAUCCCCACAGAUGCACCUAGACCCAACAGUGCGGCCCAGUGACACAUCUGGAAGCGCCCUCCUCUUGAGAAUCCUGUUUUUUAAUAAAGUACUUAUUUUUA